GUCUUGUCUCUUGUUUUUUCUUCUCGUCUUCCUCUAUCCAACCUGGGGAUUCUUUCUGUGACCUUGCGCCAGGAUGUCCAACCUUUUCGUCGAGCUUACCACGCCCAACGGCCGCCAGUACAAGCAGCCCACGGGGUUGUUCAUCAACAACGAGUUCCGUCCGUCGUCUGGGGGACAAACCAUUGUGUCGCUGGACCCAGCAACGGACAAGCCGAUUGCCACGGUGCACGCGGCGACCGCGGAGGAUGUCGACGCCGCCGUCCAGGCCGCCAAGGCCGCCCUCGCCCAUGCAUCGUGGAAACAGCUGCCCGCCACCGAGCGCGGCCAGCUCAUGGGCCGACUCGCGGACCUGAUCGAGCAGAACAGGGAGCUGUUCGCUGCCAUUGACGCCUGGGAUAAUGGAAAACCAUACCACGUCGCAUUCAACGAAGACCUCACCGAAGCCAUCAAUACCAUCCGCUACUACAGCGGCUGGGCUGAUAAGACCCACGGCCAGACGAUCAGCACCACCCCCCAGAAAUUCGCAUACACCCUCCGCCAGCCCCUCGGGGUCAUCGGGCAGAUUAUCCCUUGGAACUACCCGCUCUCCAUGGCCGCCUGGAAGCUUGGUCCUGCUUUGGCUUGCGGAAACACCGUGGUUAUCAAGGCCGCCGAACAGACGCCGCUGAGUAUCUUGGUUCUCGGCACGUUGAUCAAGGAGGCUGGGUUCCCGGCUGGUGUGGUGAAUAUCAUCAAUGGGUACGGUCGCGAGGCGGGAGCGGCUCUGGUGCAGCACCCGCUCGUAGACAAGGUGGCCUUUACUGGUUCCACUGCCACCGCGCGCGAGAUCAUGAAGAUGGCUGCCGGUACGCUUAAAAAUAUCACCCUCGAGACGGGUGGCAAAUCGCCUCUGGUGGUGUUCCCCGAUGCCGAUAUGGAGCAGGCGGUCAAGUGGUCUCACCUCGGCAUCAUGUCGAACCAGGGCCAGAUCUGCACAGCGACCUCGCGUAUCUUCGUGCACCGGGAGGUGCUGAACACCUUCCUGGAGCAGUUCAAGAAGGAGGUUGAAACGACGUCAAAGAUCGGUGAUCAGUGGGAUGAAUCGACAUAUCAAGGCCCUCAGGUCACUCGCGCGCAGUACGAAAGAGUGCUGUCGUAUAUCGAGCUGGCUAAGAAGGAGGGCGCUAAGCUUUUGAUUGGUGGUGGCGCAUACACCCCGGCUGACAGCAAGUUGGAAAAGGGAUACUUCGUCCAGCCCACGGCGUUCACGGAUGUCACUGAUGACAUGCGUAUCGUGCAGGAGGAGGUGUUUGGACCUGUGGUGGUCAUCAUGCCGUUCGACUCGGAGGAGGAGGUCAUCCGCCGCGCCAAUAAUACCACGUAUGGUCUAGGUGCUGCAGUCUUCACGCGAGACCUGGAGCGGGCUCACCGGGUCGCGGCAGAGAUCGAGGCAGGUAUGGUCUGGAUCAACAGCAGCCAGGACUGCGACCCCCGCAUCCCCUUCGGAGGAGUGAAACAGAGUGGUAUUGGCCGGGAGCUGGGUGAGGCGGGCUUGGAGGCGUACUCCCAGAUAAAGGCGGUUCACAUCAACAUGGGCAGUCGACUGUAGAUAGACCAUUCUGAUAGACGGUCG